GGCACGCAGCCAAAUUCCUCCAGCUCUUUGUUUUGUCACAUAGUGUUGCUUGGAUAUCAGCUUAUCAACAGACUGAGUUUCCACUGCCACCACUACAGGAACGAAGAAAACUGCAUUGAAUACGAAUGCCAGCUUUUUAAGACAGGAGAAGUACAAUACAGGCUGAUCACAAGGCAAAGAAGUAAGCAGACGGGAAAGUACUCGGGGUUUCCACUGUGUGCCUUGGCAGCCUAUUCCCGAUAAAGAAUGGGAGAAAACUGGAAGAGACAACAAAAGUUUCGGAAUGAUCCACAAAUUCCUUGCAUUCGAGUCCCUCCGUCCGCCUCUGACAGUUCCUUACUGAAGGACCUAACCCGAGGGCAGCAGCGCUACUUUUACAGCAUCAUGAGGAUUUACAACUCCAGGCCCCAGUGGGAGGCCCUGCAGACCCGCCAUAUUCAUAGCCUUCGGCACCAGCAGCUGCUCGGUUAUAUUACUCAACAGGAAGCCUUGUCUUAUGCUGUUGUACUUAGAGAUUCAAUCAAGAGAGCCUCAACCAAGGUAGCUUCUCAAAGAACCAGUCCCUGGAAAUCUUCAGCUAUGACAAGAAAAUGUCCUUCAGCACUAUCUCUGUCUGUGGUUCUACCAAAGGUCCAAAGUACAGGGUGCCAAACCCUCAGGAACUGAGACUUGGCAACAUUUUCUGAAACAUGCAGUUUCAUGUAUCCUGACCUCUAGCAUCCAUGUAUCUAGUGGGCAUCUAGUGGGUCCUCAUUACAUAGUUGUUCAAUGACAGUGAAUGAAAGAAAAAUUUCUAAUGCAAACCUCAAACCUAAAUAUUAAUAUAAUCGCUCUCCUAUUCACAUAAAUUUUGCCAGCAAAACAAGUUGAGAGGUUUGGGAGCAAUGAAGUAGAGAGUAAGCAAGUAUUUUCACAUAUAAUCUGUAGAGUAAAAUGACUUAAAGCUUUCAAAGUAAAAGCUUCCUUUGAAUUAUAACCUACUAGAUAAUUCCAAAAAUAGUGAAAGGGGACAUGUGAC